AUGACGUUUCCCAGCGCGCCAUUGGAGGUUGUAACGCAGCAACCGGGAGUCGGGAUUUUCAAUGAUGGAGUUAUCUCCCCGGGCCAUUACCGUGCAUAACUUCUCUGAGAGGAUCUGCGAACAGCUCGUGCAUUUCCAUGUAAUGGGCAUGGAGGAUUGCUUCUUCCUGUGGGUCGGGAACUCGCCUGUCUUAGCCAAUUUGUCUGUGGCUAUGUGCAGUAGAUUUGAUUCAGUCCCUUUAUCUACAUUGGUUCUUGGGGAUACCUCUGAUAUGACGUCAACUUCUUUUGCACAACGAUUAGCAAAGAAGACUAAAAAGCAAGUGUUUGCCAGUGUGAACAUCCCCAAUAAUGAAAGCCAGCUAAUGCUACUGAUUGAGAAACGCAUCAGGCAGGAGAUGGACACCUUUCCUGAGAAGUUCUGAUGGUCUGAUUUUAAAGGCACCUGAUUUACUCCUUUACUUUGUGAUGAAGUUAAUACACGCAGAAAUGUGCUGUUGGUUCCACGUGAAUUCCAUUACAGGAGACCUGAAGAUCAGUCCCAUGUAUAGCUAAGAAGCAGUGCAGGGGAAGUACAGCAUUCCCUCCAAAGGCAUACUGUAUGUACCAAAAGUGGGUCAUGUGAUUGCUCAGCUAAGUAGAUCCAUUGUUAACACACGAAGGUUAAACUGCCUUUUCAAAUGUAUUUCUAGAGAAACCUAUUUUAUUAAAAAAAUGACUAGUAA